AUGCGCUUCUCUCCCUCGAGCUCGAACCGCGAUGCCUCGUCCUCGUCAUCAUCGUCGCGUCCUCCGCGCGUUCGCUCCAACCCUCUCGUGGGCAACUACGUCCCCGCCAAGCCACAGCAGCCUGCCCCAGGGCAAACACCUCCCGUGUCGACGGAGCACCCCCGAUCGCCCAAGCCGCCCGUCUCGAGCGCCGAGGUCCCUCCCAAUGCCGACAUGCCGCCGCCUCCGCCGCCGCCUCCCGCUUCGACGCCGUCCUCAUCAGCGGCUCCCGCUGCCGAGACCGCCGAUGCCUCCGCCGCCACUCCCCAGCAGCAGCACCCAUAUACGGCUGCCGACUCCUCCACCCCUUUCAACCUCGACAUCGCCUCCAUCAUCGCCAACAAGUCCGCCGCGUACGGCCGCUCUCUUGGCAUCGGCGACCCGCUCACCCGGCCCAAGGUCCGCGCCAAGGCCGUGGCAGGACGCACCGUAUUCAUCAAGGACCGACUCACGCCAACGUCGGCGCCUACGCCCACCGUCGCCUUGCGCGUCCUCGACCGCAUGUGCCGCGACCAAAAGGUUCGCAACAAGUACCACUCGCAAAAGUUCCACGAGCGCAAGGGCCUCAAGAAGAAGCGGUUAAGGAGCCAGCGGUGGAGGGCCCGCUUCAAGACGGGCUUCAAGGCCGCUGUGAGCAGAGUCAUUGAGCUGAAGAAGCAAGGCUGGUAG